AUGAAUCCCGCACCGUUGGGUCGAGUCGCGAACCGGCCGGCAGCGCUGGGUCGCGUGGGGCGAAUCCGGCUGCUGCUGGUGGCUCUGGGCGGCGCGAUGCUCCUCUCCGGCCUCCGAUUCGUCAAUCGCACGACCAACCUCGUCGCGCCUGCCAGCGACGAAUUCGCGAAUUUUACGAGUUUUGGCGAGCGGUUGCGCGACGAUUCUUCGCGACCCGCGUCGUUGUCGUCGCCAGUCGCGUCCUCUUCCUCCUCCACUAAUAUCCCUUCCGAUACUAGCACAUCUUCCUCGUCCUCGUCCUCCCCCACCUCGUUACUCAACACGCCCUCGUUACAGUCACAACCAACCGCAGCCGUUCCAACCACUCCGAAUUCCUCUCAACCAGAUCAAUUCCCAGCCGUCCGAUCGCCAGAAAACGGCUUCCAGAUCCCAGGAAUGGCAGUCCGCCCUCCUCCGUCAAAAGAUAACACACAAGACGCCGGUAGCAACCAGGGUGGUAACCAGAGUGGUAACCCGACUGGUAACCAGGCCGAAACGGCAGAGGACCCGGUAUUGGCGCUGCAGCGGGCGGUGAAGCCAGAGGGAAUCAAGUGGCCGCUGCUGGCCGUCACGCCCACACACGCGCGCGCCAUGCAGGUGGUCUACUUCAUCCGCCUGGCUGCCUAUCUGCGCUCGCUGGGACCCUUGGUGCUCUGGAUUGUCAUAGAGGCGCCUCUUAAGACAGAGGAGACGGCGGAGCUGCUGAGGCAGCACGCGGGGGCGUGCCUGCCAGCUGGCGAGCCGAGCUGUCGGCGAAUCAACUACGUCCACCUGGAGACCCGCCGGAUGGAGACAUCAAAGUGGAACAAGGCAGUGCUGCAGCGCAACGCCGCGCUCGACUUCAUUCAGGAGAGGCGCAUUCAGGGCGUCGUUUACUUCAUGGAUGAUGACAAUGCGUACCUCCCUCAGCUAUUCCUUGAGUUUCAGAGCAUCCAGAACGUGGGUGUUUUCCCUGUCGGCUUUCUCUACCCGGACGAGUACUCGAGGCGAAACAGGCAUAUACACCACACGCCCAUGGUAGAGAGGCCGCUUGUAAGGAGGACGGAGAACGGGAGCCUGCAGGUGUACGGGUGGGAGACGUUCGAGUGGUUCAUUUCAAUGGCAAAGAGGAAAUUCAACGUUGACAUGGGGGGAUUCGCGUUCCGCUCUGAGCUGCUCUGGCAGAAUCGCACAGACCUGCCGGGCUACCCGCACCACCCGCUGCGAUUCGAAGCCAGCUGGCAAGGCCAAUUGGAAGCCACGUUUUUAAGCCGAUUGGUUCCGGAUGCGAGCCAUUUGGAGCCGCUAGCAAAUGGAUGCACGCAAGUGCUGGUGUGGCACCUUCAUGUGGAGGCGAGUCGGCAACACAUGUACCCCAUUGGCUGGAGAGUGCCUCAGCCUGUUGACCUUGAGCCUGCAGAUGAAUAUGACACAUGGCGCACGAGCAAGAAGAGCUCUGUUUUUGAACCUGGUCAGAUGUGGGAUGUUGGAGCAAUGGUGCUAGGAGGCGUCGUUCCAGGGGUAGUACUUGUGAAGUGCGUGGCUGCUGUGGGAGCCAUCGCGUUCUCGUCAUGGUGUGCCGUGGUGGUCGUGGUUGCUGCUGGCCUCCAGCAAAUACACAGUUUUGACGCUGACGGCUACGCUCAGCAAGAUUACUAG